GAGCAUAAUUUCUCUCUCUUUUUUUUUUUUUUAAACCACUGUUCCAACGACAUUUUACAACCGUGCUUUGCCGUGCUAGUAAUUUAUCGACGGUCCCCGGCGCCUGACUGCCCCGCCCACUGUAGGGAUGGAGCGAGAUGGACAGGGAGGGAGACACCGGCUUACGACGUCAAAGGAGUACAAACACGCACACGCGCGCACGUACACACAACCGGAGGGGGUGGGGGGGAGACAGCGAUAUAGAAGAGCCCGGGAGACAAUUCCCUGAAGGAAGCCUUGAAUAUCCGUCCGAGAUUUAUUUUUUUCCUCUCCCAAAAACAACAUCUUAAAGUGAAUGACGCGAGCGCGGUGGCUGCUGUUCGAAUCCUCCAAAUGGAUUUAAAAACGUCAAAUUAACUGAAUAAUUGAACAAGAACAAGACCGGAAGGCGUCCGCUGUUUGAUUCCGUGCCACGACCAGCACCACAGACUCCCAAUGAAGGAGCCUGACGCAAUCAAGCUCUUCAUUGGGCAAAUCCCCCGAAACCUGGAGGAGAAGGACCUGAAGCCCAUCUUUGAGCAAUUUGGGAAGAUUUACGAGCUGACGGUGAUAAAGGAUAAAUACACGGGCUUGCACAAAGGAUGUGCCUUCCUGACGUACUGCGCUCGUGAGUCCGCCCUCAAAGCCCAGAAUGCACUGCAUGAACAGAAGACACUGCCGGGGAUGAACCGUCCCAUCCAGGUGAAGCCAGCAGAUAGCGAGAGCAGAGGGGAAGACAGGAAGCUCUUUGUGGGCAUGCUGGGAAAACAGCAGACGGACCCCGAUGUGAGAAAGAUGUUCGAACCCUUCGGCAGCAUCGAGGAGUGCACUGUGCUCCGUGGACCGGACGGCACCAGCAAAGGGUGUGCGUUUGUCAAGUUCCAGAGCAACGCCGAGGCCCAGGCUGCUAUCAACGCUCUUCAUGGGAGCCGUACACUACCAGGAGCCUCGUCCAGCCUGGUUGUCAAGUUUGCCGAUUCGGAGAAGGAGCGGGGGCUUCGGCGGAUGCAGCAGGUGGCCUCUCAGCUGGGAGUCAUCAGUCCCAUGACCCUGCACCUCGGGGCCUACAACGCCUACGCGCAAGCUUUGAUGCAGCAGCAGGCCCUGGUGGCCCAGUCAGCCUACCUCUCUCCUGUUGCCACGGUGGCGGCCGUUCAGAUGCAACAGCUGGCCGCCCUCAACCCCAGCAGCAUCAUCGCCACGCCGAUCGCAUCCAUCACCCCCUCCUCAGGGACAAGCACUCCGCCCUCCAUCGCAGCCACGCCGGUUCCUGCUCUGCCUCCCCCAAUUGCACUGAGCAGCUACCCCUCUGUGCCGGCGCCACCUAAUACCCAAUCGGCGACCGAGACCCUGUACACCAACGGGGUCCACGCCUAUCAGGCUCAGAGUCCUGUCCUGGACCCCCUGCAGCAAGCGUACACAGGCAUGCAGCACUACACAGCCACCUAUCCAGCCGCCUACAGCCUGGUGGGGCAGCCGUUCCCUCACCAGCCCGCUCUGGUAGCUCAGCCCUCACAGCAGCCUCAGCAGCUCCAGCAGCGUGAAGGUCCAGAAGGCUGCAACAUCUUCAUCUACCACCUGCCUCAGGAGUUCACUGACUCUGAGAUCCUGCAGAUGUUCUUGCCGUUCGGAAACGUCAUCUCCGCCAAAGUGUUUGUCGACCGCGCCACCAACCAAAGCAAAUGUUUCGGUUUUGUGAGUUUUGACAACCCGUCUAGCGCUCAGACUGCCAUCCAAGCCAUGAAUGGCUUCCAAAUCGGCAUGAAGAGACUGAAGGUGCAACUGAAGAGGCCCAAGGAUGCCAACAGACCUUACUGAAGGAGGAGUUCAAUCAAGAAAAACAAACAAAAACAAAAAAAACACACCUCGGGAUGUCCCAGCCUUGUUUGGUCGUCUGACGGCGACCGCAUUAGCACAGGAGCGGCACCUCACAAAGAGCAGCUUCACGUGCUGUACGCGCUCUGGGGGCGACAGGGAAUACAUAUGAUGUACAUAUACGCCAGUGUCGGCAUCAUACAUGGCGAAGGAAAAGCAUAUCGCUGGUGGGCGGCUGUAACACUGAACAGGGUUCUACUGUAUAGUGUGAUUUGUGGCAAAAAAUGAACAUUUAUUCUCUAUGACUGCCAUUGUUUUUUUUGUUUGUUUUGUAGUUAGAUUGACUGAUAUGUCCACAAAAAAAAGAUGAUUGAAUAGAUUUACUCCUGUUGUACAUACUUUGGUUCGACCAAAAAAAAAAAAAACAACCUUUCAGGGGAUGGGAUAUUUUCUAUCUUUAUGUUGUAUGUUUCAUUUGUUUAGUCAUCCAUUUGACGAGGGGGGGUACAGUAUGUGAAGACAAUGAAUAAACUUAUUACAGAGUUUUUAAAUGACGUAAAUGUAAGGAAGUUUAAAAAAGGUUUCUUUAUUUAUUCUCUACAGUUGCUGUUUUAAAACAAUAAAGUACGAUUUAGGAAGAAAAAUGGACUGUGUGAAU